GAGAAAGUCCUCUGCGGGAGCUUCGAUAAACCAAACAUAGGCGUCUUACCCCAUUGAUAUUUUUGGAAAGGGCUUUAUUUGUUCACCAAGUGAUGAUUAACCUGCAAAUGGUAGAUGUUUGAAAGAAAAGGACUGAGCAAGCAAUUUUCUUCCAUGAUGGAGCAAAGUAGACGGCACAGCAGACUAGUUGGUGGUGCUUUCUGCAGAGAUGCUGCCAGUGCGAAGGGAACACCUGAGGACAACCUUCCAGCAGCUUUGCCUGUGCGUCUGGACGUGGUCACUGGUCCUGAGCGUCUUCCUGCAGUCGAGGAGUCGCAAGAACUGCGGGGGAGACUUCGCCUUCUGCAGACUGACAGCACCAAGCUCAACUCUCUUUUCACGGAGUUGUCUGCUCAUGUGGUCUCCAUUGACAGCGAGGACAAAGUGAUUUUUGUGACUUUCCAGACGUUGGAGGAAGUGUGGAAGUUCACCACAUAUCACACGCACGGUCUGCUGGGUCACUGCAUGGAAAAUCUGUUAUUUGACCAAAAGCUCUGGUUAGAGAAAGAGCUCACAAUGGUGGUUUCCAUCCAGGAAGACACACUUCACCUUCUCUACAUGUGCAUUCUCAUGCAAGAAGCAUCACUCUUUGCCAGCUGCACGGCCAACCAGAUGUUCGACAGCUCCACAUCUGGAGGCGACCUGUACCUGGAGCAAGGAGAUGUAGCGCUCUUUGAGCCCCCCUUCCUAGGUUCAGGCUGGACUGUCCUUUGCUUGGCAGAUGGGGCCCGAGGUACCGCCCCCAAACCUGCGCUCGAACCUGUUCUACCUUUUCAUCAGUGGUUUCUGAAGUCCUGUGGAGAGACUAUAUUGGUUGGGGACGGCAAGGCUGCCUGUGACUUCCCUCUGCUCUUUGCGAGAGGCACCUGUGUGGCUACUGUGCAGUAUGAUGCUGAGAGUCCAGACGAGCUGAGCGUGUUGCCAGGCGAUCACAUCACCAUUGUGGGACGGCUGGUCUCCUGUCACCUUUGGUUCUUAGGCAUGAAGGAGGCAACGAGGGAAGUGGGCCUGGUGGCGACCAGCAGAGUCAAAGCGACUGCUGACACCUAUGACUCAGCAGACAUCCUUUUAGACACAGAGGAAGCCACCUUGUUUAGGCUGCAAGAGGACAAGGUCAUUGAGGAAAGCACCGCCUUGCUGAAGGAUAAAUGCUGCAAUGAUAUCAGUCGCAACUACAAACUAGAUAUGUUCUCUUUCCAAGACUCGGAGAAGAAGCAGUCAGGAGCUCUGUCUGCUUGGCUUAAGCCUGACUUGAGAAAAAAUAUUAAGCGUAGUCUUGCCCAAAAAAAGGAUUUAUUCUCUGACCAUGAGAAGAUCCAAGAGGACUUGAACGAAGCCGCUGAAGUCAAACUUCCUUCUUUUAACGUGGUUGAAGAAGGACACACUAAUGUCACGAAGGUUCUGUCUUUUUUGGACGGACAAGACUGUAAAGACGAGUUCAGGCUCCUCUACAAACUCAGUCCUGAGCUCCUCUCCUCCUCUGUCUUCUGCGCUCACGGCGACCAGGACAAGUUGAUCUCCUUCCUUGCCAUUGCCAGGGAAACAGCCAGAAAGAAGCGACUCUUGUGGCCACAGACGCGUCUCUGCUUCCUGUUGGCCAAGCUUUGUGCAGGCAGGUCAAAGUUCAGCCAGGCCCGCGUGUACUUGGAGGAGGCUCUGGGUAUUCCUCGUGAAGCUUUCACCGACUUCCGGCUGCUCGCCAGCAUUUUCUCCAACCUAGCUGGCAUUUAUCUUCUACAGAAGAACGCAAAGAGCUUCUUUGCUCGGUCAGAGCGCCUUGCCGCCUUGCUGAUGGCGACCCCAGACUGCUUGGAAUGUGUGGAGGAUAGCUGCGUUCUUAAAUACAUCCUCAAGAAAGCACUUAUGUCUCACAACAAAAUGGCGGAAGCCCGUGCUUGUUACCUCUUGGCCAUGCACCAUUGGACUCGUGCUGAGGGUGUCAAAGUGGUCCCGUACCUGGAAAGACUACUUACACUUUGUGCUGGAUCCCAGGGAGUGUCAAAUAUCUCUCCUAGUGGAGGAUAUCUGACCUUAGGCAAGCUCUACCAGGAAAUUAACCUCCCUAAUCUUAGUGUUAGCUCAGCCAGGAGAGCGUCCUUGCAUCCUGGUGCUACGCUGACUGAAAGCCUCAGCAGCAUGAUCCUGGUCUCAGACAACGUCCAAAUACUGUGUGAAACCAUGGAAGAAGACUCUCUCCCGGCCCUCAUAGCGCCAUAUUUACACCAGUGUUUGUCUUUGGCCAGCAUGCAAGGAGCACGCCACCAGCUGAAGCACCAGCUUGCUGUUUGUCUCUCUCAGCUCUUUCACCAGCACAGACUCGUCGGGGACGCCAUCCGACUAAUGCAAGCGCUCAUCGACAGCCCGCCUCCCAGCCUUGCCAGCUCGCCAGCGGAACAGAAGAGCGCCCUCAUCUGGCUGGCUUGGCUGCAUGUCGACCACGGUCAAGCGAGCGUGGCGCUGGACAUCUUGGACGAGGUCCUCACUGCCCUGCCAGAGCACUGCACCACGCCAUUGGAAGGACUAGUCCUUAAUAUGCGUGGUGUGGCGAUGCGCUGCAUGGGAGACCUCCGGAGAGCAGCAGAGAGCUACCAGUCUGCCAUAGACAUUUGCCAAGAAUAUGAAGACAUGGCAAACUGGGCCGUGGCUCAAGCUAAUAUUGGGCUGCUGUGUUUUAAGGCGGGCGCCAAAGGACUAGCGCAGAGGCACCUGAUGGAGGCUGUGCAGCUCUUUUCCGAGCUGGAUGAAGGAGGUCACGAGGUCGCUUUCAUUGCUGUGCUGCUGGAGCUGGGACGACACUACGUGAACCAGCAGCAAACGCAUUACGGGAAAGGAUGCUACGAGUGGGCCCUGCUGCUGGCCAUGCACGCCAACCUCUCACAUUGCCAGCUGAGCGCCACCAGACGUCUAUGCCACCUGUAUGAACGUGAGAGGUCGGAGCAGGCCCGAUGUAUUCUCUACAUUCAAUACCAGGUCCGGCUGCUUCAAGGCAUGCGAGAGCGGACCGAGGAGGGGGAGGCUCUGGAAGCUGUCAGCUAUCUCUACCUCUCGCAGGCCACGCACAGUGCUUAUCGUGCAGCUAUGGACUACACCAAGAGCAGCCUGGCUAUUUUCAUCGACCUCGGCUGCAGGGAGAAAGAGGCGUAUGGCUGGCUGCAGGCCGGAAAGAUUUACUACCUGCUGGGACAGACCGAACUGGUGGAACUUUAUCUGCAGGUGGCUCAGGACGUGGCUUUGAGUACGGGAGACACCCAGUUCAUCCUGAAAGUGCUGGAAGCUGCUGGAGACAUUUUCUUCAACAGCACCCAGGACAGAGACAAAGCUGUCGUCUACUACCGGGAUCGCGCUCUGCCUAUCGCCGUGAGGAGUGGCAGCAUGACCAGCAGGCUGAGGUUGUGCAACAAGCUGACAGAAGUCAUGCUCGGUCUCAAACUCUGCGGAGAAGCAGUGGAGUUUGCUCACACCGUGCUGGACAUCAGCAUCACGCUGGGCGAUGAUCUCAACGAGCGCGUGGCCUACCAUCGACUGGCUCGUCUGUACCAGUGUUUGGGUCAGUGUGAGCUGGCAGAGCACUACUACCUGAAGACACUCAGCCUGUGUCCAGCACCUCUGCAGUUUGAUGAGGAAGCUCUCUACUACGCCAGGGUCUACCACACCUUGGGGGACAUCCUCUUCUACCAUUUAAAGGAGCCCUUUGACGCUGCAGGCUACUAUCACUUGGCGCUGGCGGCUGCCAUGGACGUGGGCAACAAGCGGUGCCAGUUGACACUGUGCACCCGCCUCGCCACCAUCUACCACAACUUCCUCAUGGACCGCAACCUCUCACUCUAUUUUUACAAGAAAGCCAGAGGACUCGCCGCUGACCUGAAUAUGAAGAGGAUGAACAUCCUAGCGGAUCACAAACCACUGAAGUAGUUGAUCAGGUGUCCCGUCCCCAUGGCAACAACAACAGAGCAUAUUGGUCUGCAAUGCCAGUCUUGUGCCACUUCGGGGCAGUGUAUUCUUCUUUCUUCUUCACCAGGCCACACUAGGACAAGCAGUAUGAAUGAUUGAUGCUGAACAUUACUGGCAGUACUUCAGAAAGCACAAGUUAAAUGUAAAACUGCUGCUAUCUUAUUUCUUUUGCACACUCUUAAAGAUGCUCCCCUUGCAAUCCAAAUGACGAGAGUAUUUUCGAGGAAAAAAGGGGUUUGAAUUGGUGCUAAAAAUACCAGCGUGGUUGUGACAUAUUGAGAGCAUUGACUUAUUUUAAU